AUGCUCACCAAGCAGCAGGAACUUAAAGAACAGCGAGACAGGCGUCGCGGGAGUGAGCGUUUGUUUGAUGUUGGUGAUCAAGUGUUUGUGAAAACUGUGCGCGGUGAAUGUGCCUCGUGGGAGGAAGGUGUUGUGCACCAGGUUGUGAGUGCUGUGACGUAUGUUGUGAAAGUGCGCGAACAACUCCGGUUUACGCACGCCGACCACUUGCGGUCACGUCAUGCUGACCCGGCAGCAAGGCUGGAACCCAUGUCGAGACUCGAAAAUCCUGUGACGCAGCACAGCGACAUGGCAGCAGAGAGCACGUCAUCGGUCCCAGCAAAUGCAGCUCCAACGCAUCCAGUUCAGCAAGCUAAACGGCAUAUCCCACCUCUCAACAUAGACUGCCCGACACCGUCAACGGCGUCUACGCCUUUAACGUCGACGUCACAGCCGGAGGCACUGUCAGCUGCACCGCCAGCGGAAAGGCAACCGCUACGGCGCAGCACGCGCACCCGCAACCCACCGGACCGUUUCAAGCACGAGGAUUUUGCAAAAUAA